AGAAAUGCCCAUGACUCCACGAUAACACCGCCGCUCGCUCGUGCACGCCGCACAUCCACGAAUAACACUCCUAUCGCCAUGGCUGACAAGAAAGAUGAGCGCUCGCCAGUGGCGAUCGCCUCGGACGAGCUGUACAAGACGGUGAUGGAGAACUCGAAGGACGAAAAAGGCGGCUUCACGCUCACCUUUUCGCAAGAGCAGCUGCUGGAGAUUGCACCGGCUUCGGUGACGGAGAAGAAGGAUUUGCUGCCCAUCAUCAAGUACCUGACCGGGCAGCAUCUCUUCCGCACGCUCAAGACCGAAAAGGGCCUCGGCUGGUCCAUCCGUCCUCGCGAGGCGGCAAAGGCGAUCAAGGCUCUGGACAAGGACGAGAAGAUGAUCUACGAAAUCAUCGAGGCUAGUCACACGACGGGAAUAUGGAGCAAGCAGAUCAAAGCCAAGAUGGGCGGUCUGGCUCAGCCCAUCGUGGCCAAACUUAUCAAGAACUUGGAAUCGGCGCGUCUGAUCAAGAGUGUGAAGAGUAUCAAGGCUCCGGCGCAGAGAGUCUAUAUGCUGUACCACCUGGUACCGAGUGAGGACGUCACGGGCAAUUCCUUCUUCGACGCAGGAGAUCUGGACGAGUCAUUCCGAGACGAACUGCUAAAUCUGAUCAUCUUCUGGAUCAAAGCUAACAGCUGGGCUGAAGCGGAAAAGAAGCGGCACCGCAAGGACAAGUCGAAGAAGGAUGCCGCGUCCAAGGAGGAUGCCAUCAUGAUCGACGACGGGACCGAAGGCACUGGCCAGAAGAGGAAGCGACCCGCGAACGACAUUGAGGAUCUCUCAGUCAAGCCUCGACACUACCAGCGCACGCACACUUUCGAUCCUGAGACAGACUUCACGCAGCUCGCACAUCGUGCUGGUGUUCACCACUACCCGACAGCUGAAGACAUCCAUCAGUUUAUCAUCUCUUCGGACGCCAUCAAGGCAACAAAAUCUGCUUCUCUGACUGUACAAGAAGUGCAAGGAUGUCUUGAUGUGCUCAUCUGGGAUGAUAAGCUGGAGAAGCUGUGGAACAGUGACGAUGGCAAUUGGGGCUACCGAACAAAGAGAGGUGUGACUUUCCGCCAGCCUGGACAGGCGUUCGACAUCGAGGAGCAAGCGGAGGGCACAGGUCUGACUCAGGCGCCUUGUGGGAGAUGCCCGGUAUUUGAUGUCUGUAAGGAGGGCGGACCCAUCAACCCACAGACCUGUGUCUACUUCAAUCGCUGGCUGAAUGCGUGAUCCAGCACGGUGCUGUGUGUCGUGCAGAGGCUGCUAUCGCACAGCACGCCAGCAUCCUGCUUGAACCGGGCGACGAUGCUUUCGGGCGGGCUAUCCCAUGGGUGAUGAGGCGUGCUCUUUGACUGAAUUUUAGCGAUGGCGUUGGCGGUAUACUGGAUCAUUACCAGAGGGUAGCAUGGAAUGGCGUUUGCAUCUCAGCCCAAGUAGCUUGAAGCUGAUCAGAAGAUACCCACAAUCAGAUGGC